AUGAUAGUAUCUGUGCAUGGAAAACAUUUCAUAUUUGUUGGUGAUGUGUCGUAUAACAAUCAAAACUUCACAAUAUCGGAAUUAGAUAUGAUUUCCACAGUGUCCGAACUCCAUUGUGCCGCCAAGUGUCUGAAUAAUAAUCAGUGUUAUUCAAUAGAAAUUUGUUCCACAGCCAAUGGUGAGAAAUGCCGACAAAGUAGAGGAAGGCUGCCAACCCUCUCUUCUGGAUUUGGGCCUUACUGUCGGCGUUAUCAGAUAGUUUUACAAAGACGAUCAGACGGAUCUGAAAAUUUUUACAGGAAUUGGACAGACUAUGAUAUUGGCUUUGGGAACCUUGAAUCAGAAUUUUGGUUAGGAAACAAGUACAUCCAUCAACUGACGGCUGACGGACACACCAUAUUACGUAUUGAACUAGAGGACCAUGAUGGCAAUACUAGGUACGCUGAAUACGGCAGCUUCAGCGUGGAAGAUGCAAGUGACAGCUAUAGGAUUCAGGUCUCAAAUUACUCCGGGACAGCUGGUGACAGUUUUUCGGGAAUAUGUAUCCUUUGUAACAAUGGGAUGCCUUUCACCACUUACGACAAUGACAAUGAUAACGCACCAGGGAAUUGUGCAGUAGUGUAUAAAGGAGGAUGGUGGCAUAAUAUGUGUCAUAAAAGUAACCUGAAUGGAAUUUAUGGAGACAACACAUACGGACAGGGUGUGAUCUGGAAUGAAUGGAAGGGGUUAAUGUAUUCCCUCAAAUCAUCGACAAUGAAACUCAAGAAAACUGAAAAUUUCUAA